UCUUUUAGGUAAAGCCUCAUGUAUAUCAAGUUAAUUUGCAACAAAUAUCUGAAGAUAUUGACACUUUCAAGAAGGAAAACGCAGAACUUGCCGAAAAAAUUACUGUUUGGGAACAGAAGAUAAAUAAAUCAAAUAAAUGUCUUCAAGAAACUAAACAUCUCAAUGAUGAGGCGCAUAAAUUUAAGGAUAACAUCAAAACUUUUGACGGAACUAUGAAAGCUGCGAACAACAUCAUUCAGGGUACACUAUCUAGGCUGCAUACUGAGAAGGAUCGAAAUGUCAAGACUCAGGAUUUGUCAGGAGACAUAAAUGACCAAGUAAAGAAUUCAAAGAUGAGAGCCAUGAGGUUCGCUAUAGAUAACCUGGAAGAAAGGAAGAAGGACAUGGAAGAAACCUGCUCUUCCCUGAAAUCUGCAAAAGCAUUAAAGGAAGUGCAAUACAAAACACUGCAAAGAAAAGUAGAAAAUCUCUAUGACAUCUGCGAAGGACGUAGGAAGGCCGCAGAGGAGAAGCUAUCUAUGAGACGACAUGAGCGGGAAGAGAAAGAAAAGAAACUGUCAAUGGCACGUGAUAAAGUCAAGUCAGAUAAUGAAGAAAUACUGUAUUUAAAGAAAAAAACUGGGGAAAUUCAAGAACAAGUGCAGAAAAAAGAGAAGCGCCUUCAACAACAGAUCAUCUUUUAUGAACAAAAGAUUAAUGACACCUGGCUCAGAACUUGUGCCGCAGACAGGGCAGUGGCAGAACAAAUCAGAGAGGCUGCCUACUUGAAGGAACGUUUGGCAAUAAUGCAAUAUUGGAGGAUCCCAAAGGGACCCAGGAUGUACCCAGCACCAAGGGGUUCCGGCAUGGACAACCCUGCAUGGAAAGGAAAUCCUGUACGUCGUGCAUUUCCCAUGGAAAGCAGCUGCGUGAUCCCUCCUGAGAAUGCAGGAAAGGAAAAGAUCAACAUGGCUGGCAAAGGGCCCCCUCCUUUCCCAGGAGUGCCCCGGAUGCCCUACCCCAAGCAGGGCCAUUUAUCAUCAUUUAUGUGUCCUGGGCCACUGCCGCCACAUCCACCACCUCCCUGUCCACCACAAGAACCACCUGUGUGACAUCCAGAGGAUCCUGAGCCUCAAUAAACCACAGUUGUAGCUCAAUAUUGGAAAAGGUGUCAAAGGCACAUUAUUGUUUUCCCUGUCUGAUCAUGCCUCUUCCCUGUUUUAACUUUUUUUUUUUUUUG